UUUGCGGAAGUCUCUGCGAGGCGAGCGAGGCUUUUCACCCACGAGCGGAAAAGCAAAAAAAAGAGCAAUGUGUUUUGAAGUCUACUGACUGCAGUAACAGCUUGGGUGUGCGAUUUUAUUAAGGGCCCCACUCUCCCUUUCAAGCAAACAAGGUAUGGUUAUUUGCGGGUGCGCACGGUUGGUGUGAACUUGGAAUGUGGGAAGUGUCGUAGCGUGCGGCUCUCACCCAUCUCCUACGUGAUACCUUCGGUGAACGCCGAGAAUCUGCAAGGACACUCGCAACUACACGUCAUUGUAAGCGACGGCCGUGGUCUGUGUGAAGUAAAGUGCCCCUGUGAUCGGCAAUGUGGUGGACGACGGCCGUUUUGGUGGUGGAAUAACCGUUUCGCCGCUCUUGUUGCGUUUUUAAGUUUCUGGCCGUUCUGCUGGUGGUGGUGUUAGGUUGUGCGUUGAAGUUGGUGCGUGUUGCAAGUAUGACUUUUCCUGGGAUGAUCACAAGUUCGGUAUGGAGGUGAAGUCAACCGCUCUAGUGCUCAUCGCCCUGCUCUUAGGAUGCACGUGUUGUUGUUGUGAGGACGACGUGGAUCUCUUGCCCAGCGUCGCCGAGCCGCAGAGCUAUGGAGGCGUCAUCCAGAGCAUCCUACACUCGGGCUCCGUCACGACGCAGGAACUUGAGCGUUCCAAGAAUGCUGCGUCGCUCAACUCAGAGGAGAGUCAGCAAUUUGUAUCAUCAUCCACCAUUGACGUUAUAACACAGACUUUAGGUUUAGGAGUUUCAACAAAUGGGGAGGCAGGGGCAGAGAAUGCAUUGCUGGGCAAGGCAGACGUCGGAGGAAACAGAGAAGAACCCAGCGGCGCUGACCAAUUGGAAACAGCCGACCAAGCGCACAAGCAGGUCAACGCUACCAAAGACGAUGGAAGUGGGGAUCACUCUGACGCCGGAGAAGCGCACAAAAAAGUGGAAAGUGAGAUGGCAGGGUCCAAGCCAGAUGGGACACCACAGCACCAACCGGAAGGUGUUCCAGAAAGUCUCAAGGAUGAGGCGAUAGUCCCAGUUUUGAAAGAGGAAGUUACCACCAAGACUUCUCUGGAUAGCACUUCGGGGACCACAAGAAAAAAGGGCGAAGACGCCAGCGAGGAAGACAGAAAAGAGUCGGCCGAAAAGAUGCCGACAUUCGUCGAGUGGAAGCAGAAGAUGCUGGCAGAGCACGAGAAAGGAGGUGAACAGGUGCCAGAGGUGGGUGGCACCUUGCCCAAGAAAAAAGUUUCGAGCCCCAAAAGCCGGCGCAACUAUGCAUCGUAUGAGUGCGGUGCCAAGGUGUUGGCGGCCAACUCGGAAGCUGAUGGCGCUGGCCGCGUUCUCAACGAGCAGGUGGACGAGUACAUGCUCAACCCCUGCAAGGCCAAAAUUUGGUUUGUUGUCGAGCUCUGCGAGAUGAUUCAAGUGUCGCAGGUGGACUUGGCCAACUUUGAGCUGUUCUCGUCCAUGCCUAAGGAGUUUGCAGUCUCGGUGAGCGACCGCUAUCCGACGCGGGAGUGGACCUCGCUGGGGACCUUCACGGCCCUGGACCAGAAGGCCGUCCAGAGCUUCAAGCUUCAGUCCGAGGCCUACGGGAAGUACAUCAAGGUCGAGCUGCUGAGCAAGUACGGUUCCGAGCACUACUGCCCCCUCAGCCUCGUGCGGGUGUUCGGCACCUCGAUGCUGGACGACUACGAACAGCUAGUGGAGAAGCCCCAGGACCCGAGCCAGCAGCAGGGUGCUGACGACGACGAGGAGGACAGGCAGGGGGCUGCUGAAAAGCAGGUGUCCAAGAAUGUGGUGGACAGGGCCAAAGAUGCUGUCAUGAGCAUACUCAAGGUGCUCAGGAGGGACCAAGAUGGCGAAACAGUCAACACUACAGAAAACCCACCAUGCGCAGACCUCAACUCGAACUGCAGUGUGCUGAAUGUGUCCCGGCUGUUGCCCCACAACCAGACUUUGGAGGACCAGCAGCGUUAUCAGCGGCGGCAGCAGCGCUGCAGGCUGCAGAGUUUCGGCUUCUACGGCUCUGCAUUCCAGGCCUGCACCACAUGCAGCCACUUCGUUCCCAACCUGGGAUUCCCGCAGACCAUCCCCGAAACCCCGGCUUGCCGCUUUCUUCGUGCCGCCAUGGGACCCGAAGAGGACUGUCCCUUCUACAGCACCGCGUUCAAAGAAACCAAGCCCGCUUUCACAGACGAUGACUCGCUCGAAAACCUUUCUUCGGUCGUCGCAGGGGACGCGAGGUCGACGAACAGCACGGAGAGCUCCACGACCUUGGCGUCGGACGAAGCCCAGCCGUCGUCGUCUUCCGCGUCUCUUUCAGACCUCAAGUCUUCAAGCACAGAUGCCGCCGCAGACGCCGUGUCCUCCAUGACCAGCCUGGAUGCAACGCCCAGCACCAAACUGGUUUCUUCGCUGGAACCGAUCCAGACAUCGAGCGUCGAAGAGAGCAUUCAAGUCCAGAGCAGCGACGACCCGCACAAGAACGCGACCGCGGCCGAUUUCGACGUUGUGUUGGAGGUCCCGAAAGAUGAGGGCACAGCGAAAGAGGAGGAGCCUGUUCCGGUGGUGUUGCUGGACAGCAGUUCCUUUGCGACAGACGCCAAGCCGCUGUCGACGACGGUGGCCACGCCUCCCAUCGCGCAGGUUCCGACAUCUGUCAAGACGACGCCCGCGAGUUCAACCAUCCUUGCCACUGCGGAGAAAGUGGCACCCACCGAGAGUGCACCCUCGCCAGCGGAGGCGACGCCGGCUUCAAGCAGUUCCGUGUCGGCCGAGCGGGACAAUGCGGUGCCUGUCGUUCCGGUGUUGAGGUGCGAGGAGGGUGGACCGGCAACUACGGCCGCACCGCCGCCCUCCCUACAAGAUGAACUUGCUACCGAGGCCGAGGCCCAGCUGCGAGAGGCGAGCACAAUGCGUCCCCCAGUGCUGGACGUGACCUCCCUGACGGGCAGCCAGAAAGAGUCCGUGUUCAUGCGCAUCAACAACCGCAUCAAGGCCCUCGAGCUGAACAUGUCCCUGAGCGGCCAGUACCUGGAGGAACUGAGCCGCCGCUACAGGCGUCAGAUGGACGACAUGCAGAGGGCUUUCAACCGAACCGUGGGGGCACUCAACGAGACCGCCCAUGCCGCCGCCCAACGCGAUCUUCGGCAGCAGGCGGCCCUGGUUCGUCUUCAGCAGCAGCUGGAGAACCUGACCCAGGUGGUGGACAGCCUGGUCGCAGAACGUCAGACACUCAGCAGACAGGUCUUCGAGAGCCACGUCUGUCUGAUCCUGAUCGAAGCCAUUGUGCUCGCUACAGUGUUUUCGCUCUGCCUCCGACGCUCCCAGCAGCACCCCACGCAGCAGGCGACCCAAUUGGUGCAUCCACAGCACCCACUGCAGGCAGACAGGGUCAGCUCCUCCGAGCUCAGGCCGCAGCAGGCGGUGAACAGAGUCGUUCUCAAGCGCCGCAGCGUCUCUGCAGGCAACGACGACCAGCGCAUCCAGGAGUUUGUGAAUGUCGCAGAGAAGAAGCAAAAGCCCAGCGCCGAAACGCUGAGCAGAGAGAACAGCUUUCUCAUUGUGGAGCCAGUAGUACCGAUUGUGAUGGAGAAGACCCCACCCAAAGAAAAGGCAAAAAAGCCAAGCAAGAAAAGGAACAGGGCGCUGCGACGCAAGACCUCUUUGCCCGCCCUGUCUGCCGUACCCGGCGCCAAGACUGCGUCGGCCGACAAAGUGACCAGCAGCGCCGGCGUUCUGUUUAGCAACGGUGCCUCCCAGUGCACCGACGCGGCUGUGACGGUGCUAGCUACUCAAGCAGCUAAAGGCGGGACCAAGCCUCCGCCGGAGAACACUGGGUGCAACGGGCACGGCGUCGGUGGUGGGGGAGGGCGGGGCCGCACGGCACGGGGCGGCCGUCAGGCAGACUGUGUUCGGUGGAACGGCACGACGAACGGCUACGGCUGCUGCGACAGGGACGACCGGCUGGGGCUCGUCAAGUUCCUCCGGUUGCCAGGGAAGACCCCAGUCUAGUCAGGGGACGCACAACCAAAUGGAAGACAAACGAAAUUGUUGCUUAGCACAGUUCCAACACGCGUGCGUUGUUGCACUGUCGGCGCGCACGACGCAGCAACAAAAUUGCUGUUGCAGGGCACGGUUGCAGCCACGCUGGAAGAUUGUUUGAGCCGAAGGAGCGAAUUGGACGGACCCAGCCACUAUUUAUUAUUAUUAUUAUUGCUCUGAAGUUGUAGGUUUUUAAAAUAUGUGUCUUUGUCGGAAUCUUUUUAUUUCUCUGCGCCACCUGUUUAGACAUUAAAGAAAAAAAAGA